AGUGUCAGCGGACCGGGCCGUUGACCCCACUGGGCAGCAAGUCCGGGCCGGUUUAAACCUAUCGGCCGCUGCGCACACCCUCCGGCAGCCCGCCACCCUCCCAUGUCCUCCUACCCCUCCGCCGCCAACCUGCUCGCGCUCCUCCGCCGCAACGCCGCCUCCCCGGCCGUCGCGCUCCGACUCUUCCUCCACCUCUCCUCCGCGGCCUCCCUUCCCCCGCCGCGCUGCACGUCCUUCCUCGCCCGCCUCGUCGCCGCGCACCCCGCCGCCGGCGCGCUCCUCCCGCGCCUCCACCGCCACAUCCUCUCCUUCCCUGACCCCUGUCCCCACCUCCUAGCGCUCCUCUCCUGCUCCGACAUCCUCCCGCUGCGCCUCGCCAUCCCCGCCUUCCGCUCCCUCCGCGCGCUCGCGUCCGCGCCGCCGCCGCCCACCCCCGUCUACAACCGCCUCAUUCUCACCGCGCUCCGAGAGUCCCGCCUCGACCUUGUCGAGGCGCUCUAUAAGGACCUGCUCCUCGCCGGCGCCCAGCCGGACGUUUUCACUCGCAACCUUCUGCUCCGGGCGCUCUGCGACGCGGGCCGCAUGGAGCUUGCCCAGAGGGUGUUCGAAGCAAUGCCCGUCAGGAACGAGUUUAGUUUUGGGAUCCUGGCGCGAGGGUACUGCCGUGCGGGGAGGAGCGUUGAUGCUCUUAAGGUACUCGACGGAAUGCCGAGCAUGAACCUGGUGGUUUGCAACACGGUGGUCGCAGGAUUUUGCAAGGAGGGCCUGGUGGAAGAGGCUGAGAGGCUGGUGGAAAGGAUGCGUGUGCAGGGGCUGGCACCAAACGUUGUCACGUUCAAUUCAAGGAUCUCUGCACUCUGCAAGGCUGGGCGGGUGCUGGACGCUUACAGGAUAUUCAAGGACAUGCAGGAGGAUUGGCAGCAUGGGCUGCCGAGGCCCGAUCAGGUGACUUUUGACGUAAUGUUGAGUGGGUUCUGUGAUGCUGGGUUUGUUGAUGAGGCACGGGUUCUGGUGGAUAUUAUGAGAUGUGGUGGUUUCCUGAGGAGGGUUGAGAGUUACAACCGCUGGUUGUCAGGGUUAGUGAGGAAUGGGAGGGUCGGCGAGGCACAUGAGCUUCUGAGAGAGAUGGCACAUGAACGGAUCCAUCCUAAUAGCUACACAUACAAUAUUAUCGUCUCUGGGUUGUGCAAGGAGGGCAAGGCAUUUGACGCAAGGAGAGUAGAGAAUUUCAUUAGGAGUGGUGUGAUGUCUCCAGAUGUUGUGACUUACACUAGUUUGCUCCAUGCCUAUUGCUCAAAGGGCAACAUUGCUGCUGCCAACAGGAUUCUGGAUGAGAUGGCGCAGAAAGGGUGUGCACCAAAUUCAUUUACCUACAAUGUUCUGCUGCAGAGUCUUUGGAGAGCUGGUAGGACCACAGAGGCAGAACGGCUGUUAGAGAGGAUGAGUGAGAAAGGAUACAGUUUGGAUACGGCUGGCUGCAAUAUCAUUAUUGAUGGGUUAUGCAGGAAUAGUAAAUUAGAUGUGGCUAUGGGCAUUGUUGAUGGGAUGUGGGAAGAAGGAAGCACAGCUCUUGGCCGACUGGGGAAUUCAUUCCUUAGUGUAGUUAGUGAUUCUUCCAUCAGCCAAAGAUGUCUUCCUGAUCGGAUCACAUAUUCUAUUUUGAUAAGUGCAUUGUGCAAAGAAGGCAGGUUUGAUGAAGCCAAGAAGAAAUUACUUGAGAUGAUAGUGAAAGAUAUUUCCCCUGAUUCAGUUAUAUAUGACACCUUCAUCCACGGGUAUUGUAAGCAUGGAAAGACAUCUUUGGCUAUUAAGGUUCUGAGGGACAUGGAAAAGAAAGGUUGCAACCCAAGCACAAGGACAUACAACUUGUUGAUUCGGGGAUUUGAAGAAAAACAUAAAUCAGAUGAGAUCAUGAAACUGAUGAGUGAAAUGGAGGAGAAAGGGGUUUCUCCUAAUGUGCUGACCUACAAUAGCUUGAUAAAGUCCUUUUGUCAACAAGGAAUGGUUAACAAGGCCAUGCCUCUUUUGGAUGAAAUGCUACAAAAUGAAUUGGUUCCUAAUAUAACUUCUUUUGACUUGUUGAUCAAGGCUUUUUGCAAGGUUACGGAUUUCGCUUCAGCACAGAUGGUUUUUGAUGCUGCUUUGAGAACAUGUGGGCAGAAGGAAGUGCUCUAUUGCUUAAUGUGCACUGAACUCUCUACCUAUGGUAAAUGGAUUGAAGCCAAGAACAUUCUAGAAAUGGCACUUGAAAUGAGGGUCUCUAUCCAGAGUUUCCCAUAUAAGCAGAUAAUUUCAGGGCUCUGUGAAGUUGGGGAGGUGGAUCUUGCACAUAGCCUUCUCAAGUUGUUAAUAGCUAAACGACAUUUGUUUGAUCCAGCAGUGUUCAUGCCAGUGAUAGAUGCAUUAGGUGAUAGGGGAAAGAAACAGGAUGUUGAUAUGCUGUCAGCAAAAAUGAUGGAAAUGGCUGACCGUAAUGAUGGUCUUGGAACUGAUUCUGGUAAGAUUACCCCUGGAAGCUGUAAGCAUGAGCAUGACAGGAAUGGUGAAAGCGAUUGGCGUAAUCUUUUGCACAGAGAUGACAGUGCCCGCACGAUUAUGAAAAUUACAAAGAGAGUGCGGACAGGGUGGGGUCAAAGAGGCAAUGUAUAUGAGCAUAAACAGCAACAGGGUGAUGGCUUUUAUGUACUCGAGAACACUGGCUAAGCGUUAUGUGAUCUUAUCAAACUGUCCAAGUAGGCAAGUACUGCAGCGCUAUAAUUUUGUGCUACCAUCUGAGACACAGCUUUUGUUCUAUCAUGGAUUCUUCAUCACUGUCGGGAGCUCAGUUUAUAUCUGGUUUGGUCAUGGGCAUCACUGGGCUCUCUUCAGACAUACCUGUGGUGGUGACUGCGAACAACAUUGCAACGAGGCUGUCGCUCCCCUCAGCGGCAUCGUCAACCUCAGGUGGCGGUCGUGUAAGGUGCUCCGCGACGCAACGGUGACAAGGGAAGUUCAGCUAUGCAUGGCCGUGCGGAGAGAAUGGAGGCUGCACCGGUGACGAGGUUCAUGUCCGUGCUUCGGCGGUGUGCGACAAGCGGCAACCCGAGGCAUUGGUUAACCGCGCAGGCAUGAGACUUUCCCUUCUUCGGUCUAAACUGCGUCAGCUUUUGCGGGUUCUUCACCUUUAGGGAUCAGUACAAGGACUAUAUUGUUAAACACCUCCGAAAAUAUAAAUCACCCCCGUUGAGGAGCUCAAGAAUCGCCCUUGAAAUUUCGUCUCUCAGCAAGUUCCAGCGUCGACGAUAGAAGCCAACGGCAAAGCAAUUGACUGGGCCAUGGAGCUUUAUUUGGCUUCAGCAUGAAAAGGACUUCCUUAAUUUAUGUCCCUGUGAAAGGUGAACAUAGGACUUCCUUAAUCGUUUUCAGAAUCAGUUACAUUCCUGGGGACAUCACACAACACCUCCUCUGGAUUAGUAUCUUGUGUCGAGAAAACACGUUUGUAGAAUUCAGCUGCUCACUUUGAUCAAUGCAAACUGAACCAUCCUGGCGUUAAAGGGCGGUAAAUUUAGGCCCUGUUCGGUUGUA